AUGUUCUUCCACAAACCUCUUCUCCUGGCUGCCAGCCUCUCUCUUUUCCUUUGCCUUUUCCCCUUCGCCUCGGCUGGUCGGAUCGAUCGCGGCCAGCUACGUUUCAGCAAGCGGUCUCCCGCACCAUCCUCCGAAAAGAAAGACUCGGCACUUGGCAUGUUGCACGCCAAAUGGAGCGCCAAUAACAAACGUGCACCGCCUUCCAUUCCCCCCACAGGUUAUACUACGAUCACGUCCACUCUCAAAAUUCUUCCCGAAGACGCUAUGCCUCUCGGAGAAUGUUAUUGUCCUCGUACCCUCGAUGAGGAGAGUCAGGGAAUUUCCGGAGCUUGUGCCGAGAAGUUUGUCGCUAGCGCUAAGAAGACGGCCAAGUGUACAUUCCUUACUUCGACUGAGGCCACAUGCUUAGAAGAGGGCGGAAAGGCCAACUUGUCGGACGGUGACACGGCAUGGUGGCAAAUGGCUUUCUGCAAGAGGUGCCAAGAUGCAGGCGGCAUAAGUAACGCUCUGUAUCCUUCAUGCGCGGCGCAGAUGCCGCAGGAUUAG